AUGCGCCUCUCGUUUUCUCUCGCGGCUCUGCUCGCUGUCGAAGGCGUGUCUGCUGUCGCUCUUCCACCCCAUGUGCUCAACGCGCCCGCUGUUACUCCGCCCACUCGCGAACCCACGAUGAACUUGAUGGCCGCCGCGGCCACGUGCGCGAACCCGCGCGUCCGGAUGGAAUGGGACUCGAUGAACAACAACGAUCGCCAGUCUUUCGUAAACGCCGUCAAAUGCCUGAUAGGCAAGCCGGCCUCGGGCCAGUUCUCCGCGGCCAGGAAUCGCUACGAGGAUCUCGUUGCGCUGCACCAGACGCUCACCGUGAACGUGCACAACAACUCCAAGUUCUUGAUCUGGCACCGAUACCUCCUGUGGACGUUUGAGGACAUCCUGCGCUCUGAGUGCGGCUUCACUGGCCCAUUGCCUUGGUUUGACGAGACCCGCUAUCCAGGCCGCUUCUCGCAGUCGUCCAUUUUCUCGAGCUCAUGGUUCGGUGGGAUUGCGCUUGGUGGACGGUGUGUAACAGACGGGCAAUUCGCCGGUCUCACACUAAACAUCGGCCCCGGCUCCGGCAACACCGCGCACUGCCUCGCCCGCAACGGCGACGCCAGCCAGACGCAGAACUGCAACUCCGCCCUGCUCAACGCCAUCAACGCACGCACGGACUACGCCGACAUGGCCUACUACGCCGAAGGCGGCCUGCACGCCUGGGCCCACAACGGCAUUGGCGCCGUCAUGGCCGACGUGUAUGCGUCGCCCGGCGACCCAGUCUUCUGGCUGCACCACGCCUUCAUCGAUCGCAACUACCGUAUCUGGCAGAAUGCGGACGCAGCGCGCGUUACGUACAUCGACGGGACGGAUCGGGUGGGGAAUCCGCUGACGCUGGACACGGUGGUAUCGGUAAAUGGGCUGAGGCCUAAUGUAAAGGUUAGGGACAUUAUUAAUACCUUGGAUGGGAAGUUGUGCUACAAGUACAACUACUAG